AUGGGGUUACAUAUAAAUCAAAAUAAAACCAAAUUCAUGGCGACUAACAUAAACACAAGAGCUGGAAAUGCUGACGCAAAUUUCAUCAUCAAUGACCAAAACUUCGAAUCAGUCAAAGAGUUCAUAUAUCUAGGGACAUCGGUUAACCCCAAUAAUAACACAUCUGAGGAAAUAAAAAGGCGAAAAAUAAUUGCAAAUAGGUGUUAUCGUGGUCUAUCAAAUUACUUAGCUAACAAACGUCUGUCUCAAAAAACUCGUAUAAGGCUAAGAUAUAACUUUGAACUGCAGAUGUCUACAAGCACAAGAUGCGGAGAAGAACGAAGUCGGCAACUGGAAAAUGCAAGAAAGGGACAGAACAGACUGGCGUAGAAAGUUUGAGAAGGUCGAGGCCCUCUAAGGGUUGUAGCACCAAGAUGAUGA